UCAUUGUCUGACUGUUAUCGUUCGAUUCUUUCGUGUUUAAGCACACCGUACAGUUUAUCGUUUAUUUUUGAAUUUUUCGAACGUUACGAAUUCGAUUUUGAUGUUGGUCAUGUUUUCCAAUGGAUUUCACAUCAAUCAAAUUCAGUUUUCAGUGAAUGGGAUUGUUUUUCAUUAGUGUGCACAUAAAAAAAAUGAAUUAAAAAAAUGUAAUAAAGAAAUUCACAGUUUUUUCUCAUGAUUGGAAACCAGUUGCGGAUAAAACGGAAAAAAGUAAUCGAAAUUCGUUGAGAUUGAGAUUUUUCGGAAUGGUACUGCAUUCAUUUCUAAUCUCACAUUGAAGAACUUAUAAAUGUUAAAUAAUCGAUUUGAAGUACAUUUGAUCGCGAAACGAUACGCAAACGAACCAAAAAAAAACGAACAGAACAUAAAAAGGGUUUUAAAUUCAGUUUGACUCAACAAAAAUAUUGUGUGCUACAGUUUGCGUUUGUAUGUGUGUGUGUGUGUUUUUAACGAACCCCAUCUGGCUGUGAAGGAUCACUAAAAUGAGAUAAAUUUUUAAAAUUCCAUCUCUUCGCCCGCUUCAAUAUACACAAAAAGGGUUCAAAUGUUAUAUUGUGAUCAGUGAGAAAUAUCAAUUCUUGGCUUCAACGCAUGCAAUUCGAUAUUCCAGCAAAAUUGGGGAUAGACAUAUAUGGAGAGAGAAAGAGAGUGCACAUAAUACUCAACCAUUGGGAUUCAACUGUAAAGCGAACACACGCACACAAACUCAAUAGAUCCGUGGAUUAAAAUUAUUGUCAAGUGUGUUUGACAUCGUAGUGAGAGACAUUACAAAAUAGAGCACUGAACAUAAAAAACGAUUCAAAAUGUUAUUGUUAAAUACAUUAAAAAUAGUGCUAAUUGCAUUAAACAUUUUACCAUAUCGAAUAACCCACAGAAAAGUGUUAUUUUUAGCUUAUUUGAUCACAUUAGUCUCACAAGUUAUGAUGGAUGAGCCUCGCUUUGCACAACCGAUUCCAAAUGUUACAGUUGCUGUUGGACGGGACGCCAAUUUGCCCUGUGUUGUUGAACAUCUGGGUGCAUAUAAGGUUGCAUGGAUCCACAUAGAUCGACAAAUGAUAUUGACGAUUCAUCGGCAUGUGAUUUCAAAAAUACCACGAUAUAGCAUCACUUAUGACAACGCAAACACAUGGCAACUGCAUGUCAAUCAGGCACAGCAAGACGAUAGAGGUUAUUACAUGUGUCAGGUCAACACAAAUCCGAUGAUAAGUCAAGUAGGAUAUUUACAAGUUAUUGUUCCUCCGAAUAUUUUGGACAUUGAAAGCACUCCAUCGUCGGUGGCUGUACGUGAAAAUCAAAAUAUCAAUAUGACAUGCCGAGCGGAUGGCUUUCCUGCACCAAAAAUCAUUUGGAGACGAGAGGAUGGUGAAUCAAUAACAGUGGAACGGAAAAAGAAAGGAAAAACAUCACCUGUGUACGAUGGAGAAGUAUUGCCGUUAACUAAAGUCAGCCGCAACGAAAUGGGAGCAUAUCUAUGUAUCGCAACGAACGGAGUCCCGCCGAGCGUUUCCAAACGUAUUACACUGGAUGUUGAAUUUUCACCGAUGAUAUUCGUUCCGAAUCAGCUAGUGGGCGCGCCAUCUGGAACUGAUGUCACAAUUGAUUGUAACACAGAAGCACAUCCAAAAGCAAUAAUAUAUUGGGUUUAUAAUACUGUCAUGGUGCUGCCGAGCAAAAAAUACAAGAUAGACUUCACGGAAAACUCCUACAGAGCACACAUGAAGCUCACAAUAAGGAAUUUGCAAGAAGGCGAUUUCGGAAACUAUAGAUGCAUUUCCAAGAAUUCUUUGGGUGAAACGGAGGGAUCAAUACGCGUCUAUGAAAUACCCUUACCGUCAUCACCGUCCAAGCAACUAACCCAUGUGAUCAACGAACCGAAAGAAACAAAUUUGGUGCUACGCAAUGACACAACUCGAAUUGUACAACCGGAGGUCAUCUAUCGUCCCGACACAUUGGGUCAAACAAGCAGCAAUACCAUUUCUGGUUCGUCAAAUGUCAUCGAUCGCAAAGGCACGGUUGCAUUUGGCCAGAGUGUUUUCUACACAGAUUAUCCACCGCAAGACAAUUCACUCAGUUCGGGAGCUUCCUUGCAUGAAUACGUGAUAAUUGGAUGCGUUAAACUGCUAUCGAUACACUUACUGGGCAAGUACAUGUUAUUGUCAUAAAACCAUAUACAUUUCAAACACAAAACAACAAACUAAAUUGUUAAUCUUAAAUUAUGAACCAAAAUGUACAUAUUUUCCCGGGAGACUAAUGUAUAAGUAUGUAUUUUUUGUGUAUUCUCGGUUUUUUGAAGUUGGACCUAUAUGAUAUAAAUACAUAUAUAUUUUGAUAAGUUGUAAAAAGCUUUUUCUUAUAUAGUUACAUAAAGAA